CUGGGGGGGCGUGGGGCUCCCCGCCGGACAAUGAGCCGAGCAGCUCCACGCCGCGGCCACUUCUAAGCGGGGCGCGCGGCCCACCUGCGCCGGGCGGCGGGAUGCCGGGGCCAGGUGCGCUCUGAGCCACCCUGUCCCUCGCCCGGGCGCGCGGACACUGCGCCCCGGAGGUGCCUUCGCGGGGCCGGCUGGGCUGCAUGCGUGCCCCGAGCCGCCGCGAUGGCCAGUAGCCGGAGCAUCGAACUGGAGCACUUCGAGGAGCGGGACAAAAGGCCGCGGCCGGGGUCGCGGAGAGGGGCGCCCAGCUCGUCCGGGGGCAGCAGCUGCUCGGGGCCCAAGGGGAACGGGCUGAUCCCCAGCCCCGCGCACAGCGCCCACUGCAGCUUCUACCGCACGCGGACGCUGCAGGCCCUGAGCUCGGAGAAGAAGGCCAAGAAGGCGCGUUUCUACCGCAACGGGGACCGUUACUUCAAGGGCCUGCUCUUCGCCAUCUCCAGCGACCGCUUCCGCUCCUUCGACGCGCUGCUCAUCGAGCUCACCCGCUCGCUGUCCGACAACGUGAACCUGCCGCAGGGCGUCCGCACCAUCUACACCCUCGACGGCAGCCGCAAGGUCACCAGCCUGGACGAGCUGCUGGAAGGCGAGAGUUAUGUGUGUGCAUCAAAUGAACCAUUCCGUAAAGUGGACUACACCAAAAACACUAACCCCAACUGGUCUGUGAACAUCAAGGGGGCGACCACCCGGGCCUGGGGGGCCACCUCCUCUGGGAAGGCUGAAGUGAAGGAGAGUAAAGAUUUCAUCAAACCCAAGUUGGUGACUGUGAUCCGCAGUGGAGUGAAGCCGCGGAAGGCUGUGCGCAUCCUGCUCAACAAGAAGACAGCUCAUUCCUUCGAACAGGUCUUAAAUGACAUCACUGAAGCCAUUAAACUCGACUCAGGUGUGGUGAAGAGGCUCUGCACACUGGAUGGGAAGCAGGUGACUUGCCUCCAAGACUUUUUUGGUGAUGAUGACGUUUUUAUUGCGUGUGGACCAGAAAAAUUUCGUUAUGCCCAGGAUGACUUUGUUCUGGAUCACAGUGAAUGCCGAGUCUUGAAGUCAUCUUAUUCUCGCUCUCCUGCUGCUAGAUCCAAAAGUCCUGGAACAUCUCGACGCAGCAAAUCACCUGCUUCAGUAAAGAGGGGCGGCCACUACUCCAGUGUCUGCUCCACCAGCAAAUCCCCAGUGAAUGGAACUCCCAGCAGUCAACUUUCUACUCCUAAAUCCACCAAAUCCUCCAGUUCCUCUCCAACUAGCCCAGGAAGUUUCCGUGGAUUAAAGCAGAUUCCCACACAUGGCAGGUCAUCUUCCACUGUGAAUGGGGUACCUGAGCUGGAUCGUUGCCUGAGCCCUGAAGGUGUGAAUGGAAAUAGAUGCUCAGACUCAUCAACUCUUCUUGGGAAAUAUAAGAUUGGGAAAGUCAUCGGCGAUGGCAACUUUGCUGUAGUCAAGGAGUGCACAGACCGAUCCACGGGAAAGGAGUUUGCCCUAAAGAUAAUAGACAAGGCCAAGUGCUGUGGCAAGGAGCAUCUGAUCGAGAACGAAGUGUCAAUUCUGCGCCGGGUGAAGCACCCCAAUAUCAUCAUGCUGGUGGAGGAGAUGGAGACAGCCCUGGAGCUCUUCCUGGUGAUGGAGCUGGUCAAAGGAGGCGACCUCUUUGAUGCUAUUACCUCUUCCACCAAGUACACAGAGAGAGAUGGCAGCGCUAUGGUGUAUAACCUGGCCAAUGCCCUCAGGUACCUCCAUGGCCUCAGCAUUGUGCACAGGGACAUCAAGCCUGAGAACCUAUUGGUGUGUGAAUAUCCUGAUGGAACCAAGUCUCUGAAACUGGGCGAUUUUGGGCUGGCCACCGUGGUCGAGGGCCCUCUCUACACUGUCUGUGGCACCCCAACCUACGUGGCUCCGGAAAUCAUCGCUGAAACUGGCUAUGGCCUGAAGGUGGACAUUUGGGCGGCUGGAGUAAUCACAUACAUUCUUCUCUGUGGUUUCCCACCAUUCCGAAGUGAGAACAACCUGCAGGAAGAUCUCUUUGACCAAAUCCUGGCUGGGAAGCUGGAGUUCCCCGCCCCCUACUGGGACAGCAUUACGGACUCUGCCAAGGAAUUAAUCAGUCAGAUGCUUCAGGUCAAUGCAGAAGCACGGUGCACUGCAGGGCAAAUCCUGAGUCACCCCUGGGUGUCCGAUGAUGCAUCCCAGGAGAACAAUAUGCAGGCGGAGGUCACAGGCAAGCUGAAGCAGCACUUCCAGGGCGCACUGCCCAAGCAGAGCAGCACUAGCUCUGGGGUGUCCAUUAUCGUGAACACAGCUCUAGAUAAAGAGGGGCAGAUCUUCUGCAGCAAGCACGGGCUGGAGUCCGCCUCUCCUUCUCCUCCUCCACCUCCUCCUCCUCAGGGCCCUGCGGAGGAGCCACCAGGGCGUAGGACUCCCCGCCCUCCAUCUCCUCCUCCUCCUCGCCCGGACUCCCCCACCCCACCUCGGUCCAGCGAGCGGGCAGGGACCUGGCGCCGCCACCGCGACUGACCACUUGACCAACCGCGCCUGAAGCCAUCGUGCCCAGCCACCUCCACCCAAGGCCUUUCUCGGUGCCUUCCCGGCUGCGCCUCGGUGCAGACCGAGUGGUCCAUGUCCC